AAAAAAAAAAAAUCAUUUUACUGCUGGAAAUCUGGGGAAUAUAUUACAUAAAUUAACAGUUUGACUUGAAAUUAUGAAUUUUUAAGAAAGGACAAAACAAAUUUGAGAACUGAAUUCAACCCAGAACCCCAGUAAUCAGAGACGUCAAUUCAAUUCCAAAGACUCACCCUUCGCCGACGUUCUCCUUUUGUUUCCUCUCUCACAUGGCUAAUGGCUCCAACAAUUUGGACGGUUACUUUGGUAGGUUUCGGACAUCCACUUGUCCUUUUAGAGGACAAAGAGUUCUCAUUUGUCUCCCCCAUCUGAGUUUAACCCCAUCUUCCUCGUACGUUCCCAACGCAUGGAUCAUGUCUUAAUAUUCAAUGUUCCUUUGAGGAUAAAUUUCAGCAAAAGACGCUAACUCUUUUAAAUUAUGAUUUCGUCUGGUCAAAUACGCGGCAUGAUCAUCACCUAUAAGGCUAUAACUACAAUCAUCUCUCCCCAGUUUCUUGGCGUUCAAGAACAGAUUUACGAGAGUUUGUUUCUGCGGAGGGAAGAGAAACCCAUUUGAGCUGGUAUGGCAAACGAUGAGAUGAUCGAGAAACACGUUCAGUAUGAGCGUGUGUUUAAGCACUUUGAUGACAAUGGAGAUGGGAAGAUAUCAGCGUCGGAGCUUCAGGGGCAUUGCGAUGGGAUGACGCUGGAGGAGGCGGAGGCGGCGCUGGAGUCGCUGGAUUCGGACGGGGAUGGGUUGUUGGAGUUGGGGGACUUGGUGAGGCUGGUGGAGGGAGUGGAGGAGGAAGAGAGGAUAAACGAUUUGAAGGAGGCGUUUAAGAUGUACGAGAAUGAUGGGUGCGGUUGCAUCACCCCAAAGAGCUUGAACAGGAUGCUGAGUAGACUUGGUGAAUCCCGGAGCAUCGAUGAGUGCACAGUCAUGAUUUCACAGUUUGAUCUCAACGGUGAUGGGGUUCUCAAUUUUGAUGAGUUCAAGGUCAUGAUGUUAUAGAUGAUCAUCAUGCCUUGCUUUCCUUCAUCUUCUUCAUGUAUUUUCUGUGUAUGUCGUGUAGCAGCUGAUCAGUUGUUGUCUGUUGAUUGUGUAUCCAUUCAUUUCUUCUUCUUCUUAUUUCUGGUAUAUAUUCCAUUAUUUCAUUGAUUAUGUCUUUUCUACUUUCUCCCUGAGUAAUAUAUGGCUAUUGCUUUGCA